CAAAUUAAGAAAGAAAAUUACAUGAUAAACCCUUUCCACACCCCAUGAAACCUGAAUCUGUAUUCCUCUCAAACUUGAUUCUCCGCACCCGCUGGCUCAUAUGGUUCUGAGGAGGACAUUUUCAUUCACCCUUACAACCUCUCGUUAUUACACUUCUGCCACCGUCUCCCUCGCGCACACGCCGCAGAGUCUCCUUCAUCUGCUUCAGCUGUGCAUCGACCUUCGAUCUCAGAAACUCGCCCAGCAAUCUCACGCGCAAAUCCUCGCCAAUGGGUUCGCGCAAAACGCUUUCCUCGCCACCAGGCUCGUCUCUGCUUACGCCACGUGUGGCGAGUUAGCCACGUCAAGGUUUGUCUUCGAGUCCGUUGAGGCCAAGAGCGUUUACCUCUGGAACUCACUGAUCAAUGGGUAUGUUAAAAAUCACGACUUUCGUCAAGCCCUUGCUUUGUUCCGCGAAAUGGGUCGUAAUGGGAUGUUGCCCGAUGAUUACACUCUCGCAACGGUUUUCAAAGUUUUUGGUGAACUUGAGGACUUGGUUUCUGGGAAAUUGAUUCAUGGGAAGGGUAUAAGGAUUGGAUUUGUGUCGGAUGUUGUUGUUGGCAAUUCUCUGAUGUCAAUGUAUUGUAGGUGUGGAGAGUUUGGUGAUGCAGUGAAGGUGUUCGAUGAAACGCCUCACAGGAAUGUGGGUUCAUUUAAUGUAGUAAUUUCUGGGUGUGCUGCAUUGGAAAACUGUAAUUUUACUUCGCAUGAUGAUUUAUCGAACUUUUUUCUGAGAAUGCAAUGUGAAGGGUUUAAGGCUGAUGCUUUCACGGUUGCGAGUUUGCUGCCUGUGUGUUGUGGCGAUACUGGGAAAUGGGAUUAUGGGAGGGAGCUUCACUGUUAUGUUGUGAAAAAUGGGUUGGAUUUGAAGAUGGAUUCAGAUGUGCAUCUGGGGUCUUCUUUGAUUGAUAUGUAUUCCAGGAGUAAGAAAGUUGUUCUUGGAAGGAGAGUGUUUGACCAAAUGAAAAACAGGAAUGUGUAUGUUUGGACGGCAAUGAUCAAUGGUUAUGUGCAGAAUGGAGCACCUGACGAUGCAUUGGUUCUUCUCCGCGCGAUGCAAAUGAAGGAUGGGAUACGACCCAAUAAAGUAUCACUUAUUAGUGCGCUUCCAGCUUGUGGCUUGCUUGCUGGAUUAAUAGGAGGGAAACAAAUACAUGGGUUUUCUAUUAAAAUGGAGUUAAAUGAUGAUGUUUCCCUAUGCAAUGCUUUAAUUGACAUGUACUCCAAAUGUGGGAGUUUGGAUUAUGCAAGACGAGCCUUUGAAACUAGUUCUUACUUCAAAGAUGCUAUCACUUGGAGUUCAAUGAUCUCUGCAUAUGGAUUACAUGGGAGAGGGGAGGAGGCUAUUAUUGCGUAUUACAAAAUGCUUCAGCAAGGGUUCAAACCAGACAUGAUAACAGUGGUUGGUGUUCUUUCUGCUUGUAGCAAGUCAGGAUUGGUAGAUGAAGGCAUUAGUAUAUACAAGUCACUGAUGACUAAGUAUGAAAUAAAACCAACAGUUGAAAUUUGUGCUUGUGUUGUGGAUAUGCUAGGUCGAUCAGGCCAGCUUGAUCAAGCCUUGGAAUUCAUCAAAGAAAUGCCUUUAGAUCCUGGUCCAAGUGUUUGGGGAUCUCUUUUAACUGCCUCUGUAAUACAUGGGAAUUCAAGGACAAGAGACCUGGCUUAUAGGCAUCUCUUAGAACUAGAACCUGAAAACCCUUCAAAUUAUAUCUCACUUUCAAAUACAUAUGCUUCCGACAGAAGAUGGGAUGUGGUAACUGAGGUGAGAACAAUCAUGAAAGAAAGAGGUUUAAAAAAGGUUCCAGGUUGCAGUUGGAUAACUAUUAGUGGGAAGACUCAUUCUUUUUCUGUUGCUGACAAAGCACAUCCUUCAUCUAGUUUAAUCUAUGAAAUGCUCGGUGACCUAGUAUCAAUAAUGACAGAUGGCUGUGCUGAUAUUGAUAUCCUGACUUAAAUCUGCUGGUAUUCAUGUGUUGAAAAUCUUGGAAGUGUCUAGUAAACACUGAAAACUGGACUGUCAUGUAGCUCAGCCAACUCUGACACCAUUUGCUUGGUGAUCAUUCAAGACCCAACUCGAUAUGCCAUUCAUUAUUUUAGUUAGAGAAACGAUAGAUAAGCCCCAACUUGUAGGUGGUUUAGUAAUUAUGGUUAACUUUUUGUGGCAUUAGCAGCUUUGAAAUUUUAACAUGGUGACUGCAAUCGUUUUCCCUGAGAUACUAAGCAACUAAUCAAUGUGCAGAUGAGAUGCAUGGAGGUUCACAUGCAGCCUAACCAUCAUGAAAAAGAGAAGGGUAGGGAGGGGUACUCUAAUUAUGGGAAACCAUAGAGACCCAUAACCAAAAAGGAAAAUGGGGAGAAAAACUACAUGGACCAUAAUAUUUAAACCAUUUCUUCCAAAUCAAGCCUUAUUACUGCAUGGGCAAUUAGGUAUCAAAAGCAUAUAAAGCUAGCUACUACCCACUAGAAUGGAAGAAUAGGGAUCUGCAUGGAGUUCACAUUCUGAUUUACAACCUGAUAGCAAAGAUCUCCAUUUCAAAUGUAAUAGCAUUAGUAGACGUUGAUUCAACAAUUCAUGCCACCAUGGGGGAAAAAUGAUAAAUCAUCAGUUUCAAAUUCUUGUUUUUUAGUGUUGUUAGGUUGAAUGCUUUCUUGGAUAGCUUGCCAUAAUUGUCAGGUGAAUGAUAUUAAACGAGUAUGAAUUGGUGAUUUAGGAAGAAUAAAUGGUAGAAGAUUAGGAUAUAGGAAUAUUUGCAUUUUCAGUGGAGGAUUACUGAUUCAGGAACUUUAUCUCACUUGUGUAUUUUUUUUAUUUUCUCUUCCAAGAUAUAGUGAAUUUUCCUGUCAAACCUACAUUCCAUUUAACUAUGUUGCAUUCCAUACUCGGUCGGUCCCAAGCCCACAAAAAGCAAGGAGGGUUGCGUUAAGUAAUUGAUACUUUGAUAGUCCAUGUAAAACUCUAUCAAAUUUUCAUUGGCAUGGAACAACCAACUAUGAUGUAAAAUUAGCAGAAAAGUACUUCUUGA